ACGCCCCGAGACGUACGACGCAGAAGGAGUCAGAACUGAAGGUGGUGCGGGUUGGGGAGGACGUCAAGCUCAUCUGCCCCAUCGAAGGCACGCCCACGCCCAUCUACGGGUGGAUGAAGGGUGACGAGGUGAUCCCAGAGGAGGGGUGGGACGGGAUGAGACUGCAAGGGCGAACACUGAGAAUGAAAGAGAUCACAUCACAAGACCACGGCUUUUACACCUGUACUGCCGUCAAUGGAUUCGGCAAGGAGACGUUUUCAAUCACUCUUACUGUCACAGAGCCGCUGGCAGACCCGGGAUUAUCGUCCAUACCUGGUGGCCUUCCCCCGGAGUUUUCACAGGUGAG